CAGGCGCCACAUUUGUUAUACGCCACUACAUCUGACAGCAGCGGUCUCUGCAGGCAGACUGCGGACUGAACGCGCUGCCCCUCCGCCUGAGCCGCUGUUUUGGGGAUUAUCCGCGCAGGGACAGGUAUGGUCCACAGUUUUGUGCGUGCCAGCCGAUUAGAGCAGUGCUUGUUAUGUUUGUGAAUAUGUCGUGUGCUGCUGGGGCUCCCUAACCCUAUUACACAACUCUCGUAACCAUCUCAUUCUUGUGCUUCAAGGAUACACAAGCCGCCAUAUGCGGACCGCCCAGAUCGGUCGCUGAAUGUUUCUUCUCUUCUGCUGUUGAGUUUUUCCGCAGCAAACCGAGAAUGGAGUAGGAUAAGGUUACUGUACAUGUGUAUGUGUUUCAUCGGAGAUUUAAGUAGUUCUGACUUCCUCAUCUCCUUCAUCAUAAAUAUACUAACACAACAUCUUCAUCUGUGGAUUCAGAGGAGACAAGAUGCUGAAUUUCAGCCUGUGGGCUCUUCUGCCUCCCAUCUACUCUGUCUGUACUGCUGCUGGACUCUGGGUGGUAUACUUCAUAGCUGUUCACGAUGGGAAGAUAGCACCCCUGAGUUCAGAAUACAGGAGAAAGAACGGCUCCUUUUAUCCUCCCUACAUUAGUUUUGCAGGUAACUUUCCUCCAGCCAGCUGCAUCUUCAGUGAAGUCAUGAACUUGGCAGGAUUUGUAGGGUUCAUUAUUGCCGUCCUCAGAUAUCUUCAGCUGAAGAACAAAAUAGACAAACAUUGGCUGAACGUUGGUAGUCUGGUGUGUUUCUCUAUUGGCUGCUUUGGAAUGACAAUUGUAGGAAAUGUUCAGUUACUCACUGCGAAGCGCGUUCACGAUGCAGGCACCAUCAUGGUGUUUGGACUGGGGACGCUGUUCUGCUGGGUGCAGUCUUACAUCACCAUGAGAGUUAACCUGAGGAAUGAGGGGAGGAAGGCUGCGAUUGCUCGUUUCCUGUUGUCUGGAGUCAUCACUCUUUGCAUAAUACUUUACUUCUCCCUGAUGCGUCUACACCUUCACAUGCAUGCGAGUCGAUGCCAGUGGGUGCUCGUCAUGUCCUUCCUCAUCUUCAUCAGCACUUUUGCCAUCGAGUUUCGUCACAGCAGCUUCUGGAUGGUGUGCAACGACACCCCUGGGUAUCCCUUCCAUCCAUCAGCAACAUGUGAAGGGGCCCAGGUCACAGCUGAAUGAGCUGUAGGGGUGUUACACAGGCUCAUAUGUAGACAUCCUGAGGUUUAUUUACAUGUAAAUAUUUAUUAUGCAGUUGCAACAAUCUAUACAGGGGUAAAAUAUAAUCACCACUUAUUGUAUGCGUAUUUGAAUGUUACAUAUUUGAUCAGCAUUUAAGGGCACACAGAAAAAAUCAGCUUGUAUAUUCUUUUAAUUGAUUCUUUUAUUUUUCUAUAGCUUCUUUUUACAGACAGUGUUUACAUUAUUUUCACAACUCUUCAAAGUAUUUCUGAAUAUGAAAAUGCUAUGAUGAGCGCACUGUUGCCUAAAGACAACUCAUGUAUUCACAGUACCAAAUUUAUAGCAUCAGUAUCAAUAAAAAGGUUAUUUUUAAUCAUCAA